GCUCAGGGAGCGCGCAGCGCGGCGAUCGCCGGUGCGCUGUGUCCCUCAGACACAGCGGAUCACGGAAAGAGCCGAAGAUGUCGGCUCGGUCAUGUGAUCAGCUGUGUCCAAUCACAGCUGAUCACAUGGCACUGAUGAUCAGUGUGCCCUGAUGAUCAGUGUGGCCCCAGAAGUGUCACCUGUCAGUGUCCAUCAGUGCCAGCAGUCAGUGCUCAUCAGUGCCACGUGCCAGUGCCCAUCAGUGCCACAUCAAUGCCACAUAUCAGUGCAUACCAGUGCACAUCAAUGCCACAUAUCAGUGCCCAUCUGAGCUGCCUUUCAAUGUCACCCAUCAGUGCCAGUCAGUGCCACAUAUCAAUGCCAAUCAGUGCCACCUAUCAGUGC